UAUGGUAUAUGUUUAUAUUGAUUUGCUUCCAUAAGAAAUUAAAAAGCAUUUUAAAUUCACUUAAGAUCCACAAAAUCCAUAAAAUUAUGCAAAGUUUUGUGAAAUAAAACUUUACAUUGACUAAUAUAAUGAUGAUCAUAUAGAUUAUUUAAAUAUUUAAGAAAUAAUUGGAACUAAGUUUAUAAUGGAGAGUGAUUUAUAAGCAUUAUAAGUAGCAUGGGAAGCAGAUCAUAGACCAAAAGAGAUUUUAGAUGAAAUUAAAGCUAGAGAAAUGAGAUGUAAGGAUAGAGCCUUUAUAUAAAAAUCAUCCUAAUUAACUAAAGGGGUAUUUUAGGAGAAAAAAUAAGAAUCUAUAAAAGAAUAUGAAAAAAGUGUGAAUUUUGGAUUAUCAUUUAUUUUUAGCAUAUUUGCAAGUGGAUUAUUGGGUUAUUAUCUUGGAAUAUAUUUCUUCUAAUUUACAUAUGAUUAAUCAUUAGCAUUAGCUGCUUUUUUUUUGAUUGGAGCUUUGAUAGUUGAGACAGGGUUAUAUAUUGUAAAGAUAAUGAAAGAGGAUAGAAUAAGAAAAAUUAAUAAAAGAUAGAAUAACAUUAAAAACUAGACAUUUCCAACUAAAUUAAAAAAAGAAUGA